GCUAAUUUAUCCUUCUGGACGACUGCUGUUUCAGCUGCAUGUUCGUACUUGGAAUUGCCAAUGUAGGGGUUUUCAGUUGAUGCCGCUUUACUCCAGAGAGCAUGACUGCACCGCAACAAUAUGUGCUCACCCUUAACUUCCUUUCAGACGCCAGCGCAGUAGACACUUUAACUCCAGGCAGUGAUUCCAACACUGUUGAACUCACGCAAACGUUCUCAAGUGGUGAAUCACGAGAUGCAAGAACACCUUACCAACUACUGGGAGACCACAAGGUCAUCCUGCCAACGCUGAGCAGCCAGCUAUCCGAUGGCUCCAUACCACCCAGUGCCGACGGCAGGGACUCACUCAUCACUAUGCCAUCCACUGCCUUACUGCCCUCCCCAAACUGCUACAAAUUUGCUGUUGUUUGUCCCUCCGGUCAACCAGUUGAUCAAACCUUCAACUUGGCAACUGAGGUUAUCAUGGACAAUGCGCCUUACACCCUUCAUGUUUCUUCGUUUCCGUUAUAUGAAGAGCCUAUGAAGCUUGUUGCCGAUCUCCCUGUCGGAACAAAUGAGGAUACUUCACAUUCAGCUGAUAGGAUAAUUGAUAACGAGUCACUUGAAGAUUAUUCUCAGUGGUUGUUACAAAAUGCAUUAGUCACGGAUUUUGAAGCUAAUUCUAUUAAUCAGAAACCGGCGCGGAAACAAAGUUGCCGAAAGCUUGAAAAGCAGCGCAGCUUGUACAACGCCUCUGAGGACACGACAUUUCCACAGCAGCAAGACUUCUACCGGCCGGACAACUUCUGGUGCCCCCUUUGCCGAUUUGUGUACACGUCUUCUUUCUGUCCGCAUCAUCCGAUCACCGAGCACACAAAUCCAACAGUGACCACUUUUGCGAGGUUAUCGAAGCCUAAUUGCAUACAACUGGUGGAAAUAUCCGGCAUAACCCGCACACGUCUCAUCAAACGGCAGCCCGCACUAACCCGAUUCGGCCCUCUCAUCGCACCUGUUCUGACCGAAGCUGAGGUUAAUGCACACCCGGAUUGGUUGGCUGAUUGCCCAUUCCGUCUGGAGGUGUUUGAUCCCGAAAGUGGCGUCCCAAGUGUGCGGUAUCUGAGACUAGGUAACGAGGCCUUGUGCAACUGGAUGAUGUUCGUACGCUUGGUUCAGAAGUCCAACGACCAGCUGAGUUCCUCUCAUAGCCUACCGAAUGCAGUUGCCUAUCAGCAAGGAUCGGAUGGCAUUUUCUUCCUGACGACAAGGCAAUUGCGCUCCGGACAGGAACUAGUUGUUACAUAUUCACCUCCUUACGCAGCUCGUUUCGGCUUCUCGCAUUCUUUAGUUGAGAUCGACCCGCUACCCGAUAGUCGCAUUUCCGCUAUCGAGGAAGACGUAUUAUCCCACACGACCACCAUCACCAAGACAAACAAAUUUCCGGAUGAAAUUCAUUGCUUCGUGUGUUCGCUCACUUUCACUUCGGAAGACGCAUUUCGUGUGCACUGUUUGGGUCAUCCAGGCGAAAUGGACCAGCGUGGUAUCUCCUCCAACACAAAGAAGGUUAAACUAUUCGCAUGCACACCUGAAGAUUCUGGUUGUGAGGCAGAUUCCACUGUGAUUGAGGUUCAUAAACCCAAACAAUCUGCAAAGACAAGGUGCAACGCGUCCGCCAAUAAAACUUUCUACUUCCAAUCGGUUCUGCGGUGUUCUUUGUGUGCCGCCGAGGUCGACGGGCUUGCGGAACUAGUACAACACACAAACUCCCAACAUUCCAUGCUGAAACCGCGCGUUUUUAAAUGGGAAGCAUGCCGCUCAAAAGCGCACUCACUCGAAAAUGAACUGUGCGACACGAACUGGGGUCAGAUACACUCAAAUAAUAACCGAUCGAUGAGUGAGGUUCCUCUCGCGGAUACUACACCCGCAGAAGGCCUAGUAGUGGUGGACCUGGGACGCGUCAGCCGAAGAUUAUACGACUCCUCGCCUUACGCUUAUGGUUGUGGUCAGUGUUAUCAGCGCUUUCCGGACAUGCACACUCUGGAACAACACAAGAACGCCAAGCACGGCGCUCCAGCCAUUACAUUCCGAGAAGACAUCACUGACACCGAGGCUGUACAUUCCUCCUACAAUCGGAUCUCUACCAACCAUACCGAUGGAAUUCGAGGGUUGGACAGUGAGACAGCCUGCUUUUCCACUUCAUUCGAGAGCACUACGAAUAACAGUAAGUUGCUUUGUCUGCACAGAACUAACUUCGCCGAGCUGUUCUAA